AUAAAAACUAAAAUGUGAACGCAGCACGAGCUUUCAGUUGUCUGUGAACGCAGCAUCUGUCACGCUUGUGUGCGAGCACUCACCAAACCACACGUAUUCUUACGAGGUUUUUCCAGCAUGGCACGUGGGCAUCAGAAGAUUCAGUCUCAGCAGAAAAAUGCCAAGAAACAGGCUGAGAUGAAGAAGGCCAAGGGUCACGAUCAAAAGACAGCAGCCAAGGCAGCGCUAGUGUUCACCUGCUCUGUGUGCAGGUCACAGAUGCCUGACCCAAAAACCUUCAAGCAGCACUUUGAGAGCAAGCACCCAAAAUCCCCUCUGCCUCCUGAAUUAGAAGGUGUGGAGGCAUAAAUGAUCACACGGGAUACUGGAAAUCUUCAAGGCUGUGCACCAGCUCUGCAUUUGUCUCAGUCUGACAGCAAUGGAUGAUUUGAUGUAAACAACAUGAAGUGGUCGUCUGCAUUUAGGCUAUGUUCACAUAGCCCAAAACCUAUUCUUUCUUUUUUUUUUUUUCUUCAUCAAAGUGUGAAUAAAUCAGAUCUGGGCAACUUGAUAGGUGGAUCUAGGUCUGAUCUGAUCUCUGAUUACGCUGGCCGUCAGAUCGGAUUUUUUUUUUUUUUCAUUUCACUCCUCUGCGCAUGCACACAUUGCCUGUUGCCAUCAUUCGGUGUUGGUGACUCAUAGACGAUUGUCAGCAGAGAGAUGGGGAAGUUUCCAAUUUUCUGGACACUUAUGGGGAAGUUUGAGCAACCAAACAAACAGACGGGGAAGUUUCCAAUUUUCUGGACAUUUAUGGGGAAGUUUGAGCAACCAAACAAACACACAAUCAUGAAUGGAAAUUGUAAACACAAAAAAAAUCCAAUUUGACAAAAAAAAGAGUAUAAUUGAGCAUUAAAGCCAAUAAUAUAAACAUAGGCUUAGUCUUUUAACAGACCAGGUUGCCUUUGACAGAAUCUUUCCUACCUACUAACCCCAAAUACCUGCUUUGAUUUGAGGGUCACUGAAGACCUUUAUGGUCUGUGAACAAUCUAAAUGGUGAAUAAAGAUGUCUCAUUUCAUUCACAUAGUUUCUCAAAACAAACUUCACUGCCCCAAUGUGUUAUGGAAUUAGGUAUAGAGUAUUUCUUGCUGCCAGCUCAUGCACCUCUUUAUCUGAAGCUGUGGCAGAUUAGUUGCCUGGUCAAAUCUUUACAACUACAAUGCAACAUGAGGUAAACACAGUGUCCUUACAAAGAAAAAACUCAUCUUGGAUGGGAUUUAAAGAAAAAAAAAAUCUAAUCCUUGUUGUGAAUGUGAUCUCAUCUGUUUCAUUAUUCAAUUUCAUUUUGCUUUGAAUGUUGGGUACUGGAUAAAUGGUGGCAAUGAUUUUUUUUUUUUUUUUUUUAAUACUCCUAAUAUCAGUUGUUCCAUAGCGCUGUCUGCCCUGUUCUGCUGCAAUAUUUCAUCUUGUUAAUCAUAAUUUUGUCAGAUUCUAAAAAUGUGAAAUGUUGCCAGCUGUUUCAAAGCUGCUACAUGAAUUUCAAGUAAACUUUUUACAGGAGCUUAUCAACAACAUUUAUAUGUUUGGAAAUUGAAUGUAUGCUUACAUAAUGUAUUAUAGCAUUUUAUUAAAUUUUACUUUGUUUUAUGUC